ACUGAUCGAAGGAGUAAUCGCGCACGCGAGCAGCAACAGGAUGCACCAGGAAACGUUCGUGGGCCGCGUCGAACUCCUGUCGAGUUGCAUAAUCGCGCGAAAAGAGUAAACGCCUGUUUGUUGUCUAACGUGCAUGCAAACUGCACUGCGCAAAGCCGCUCGAUGGACUACGUAUACGAUUCCUACGGCACACUCGAGGAGAACUCGGCGUUUUAAUCAAAGAUCAAUUUCUACGCAUCAUUAUUCUGUGCGCCGUACAACGUCCACUGCUAUCACUGGAGACGCUGAUGAAAUCUUACUGACAACUAUCGGAGCACUCGCAGAGAGGAAGGAACUCGAUAUUAUUCAGACGUCGAAUGAUGCGUCUCAGUUUCAGCUUUCACGCGAGCGAAUGUGGAGUAAAGAAAUACGAUGCACUCACGGUGGUAGCCGCGAAUUCUAUAAGGCUGCAGCCCAGCAAAGGGGCGCCUAUAUAUGGGCUAUGAUACUCACACACCCGCAGCAGCGGCUGCAGUGGCAGGAGAGAAGCGAAUCAGAACCUUAUCGCUGAACCUGCGGAUUGUUGCGAAUCUAGUGCGUUUUUCACCGUUUUUUAAAUUACGUAAACGUAUGUCAUAUACAAUCUAUGGAUUAUCGGAGGUCACCCAAAUUCUGAUAGACUACUUCGAUUCCCGCUUCACGAAAAAGUUCAUAAAGCAGACCCGUUCAAUUUUAGCGCCGGAGUCAAAACGCAAAGUCAUCGAUGCAAAAACAUUCAAUAUGAAUAAGAUAUCGGGAACUGUAGUUGAUAAGCAUCUCAGACGCGUAUCAAUACUUCGCAGUCCCUAAAAUUUUACUUAUAUUGAUUUUUUUUGCGUCGAUGACUUCGUGUUUUGGCUCCGGAGCUAAAAUUGAACAGGUUACAAUCAUAAAG